AUGCCUCUCUCCGGGAUCGACGGGGUCAAACUUCCCGCGUCCGCAGAUUUCCACGUACAUCUGCGGGAUGGUGAUAUGAUGGAGCUUGUCGUCCCCACCAUCAGACAGGGAGGGGUCAACACAGUCUAUGUCAUGCCCAAUCUCGUCCCUCCAAUAACCACCGUCGCGCAAGCUCUCUCCUACAAAAGACGCCUCCAAGCGCUCGAGCCCCGCGUCACUUACCUAAUGUCGCUCUACCUCCACCCUUCAAUCACACCCGAAACCAUAAUCGAAGCCAAGAAGAAUGGUAUAAUCGGCGUAAAAUCUUACCCGGCAGGCGUAACAACAAAUUCCGACUCAGGCGUCAUCGACUACGCUGCAUUUUACCCUGUAUUUGCCGAGAUGGAGCGUCAGCGCCUAAUUCUGAACUUACAUGGCGAAUGCCCCUCUCACGGGGACAUCACCGUCAUGUCCGCUGAAGAACGCUUCCUUCCCACACUAUUAGACCUACAUUCACGCUUUCCACGCCUCCGCAUUGUUGUCGAGCACCUGAGCACAGCCGCAGCGGUCGAAACCGUAAAGAAAUGCGGUCCUACCGUUGUGGGUACCAUCACGGCGCACCAUCUGUCGCUUAUCGUAGAUAAUGCGCUGGGCGACCCGUUCUGCUUCUGCAAGCCCGUGGCAAAGCUGGUGGCGGAUCGGGAUGCGUUGUUGAAAGCAGCGACGUCGGGGAAUAAGAAGUUUUUUUUUGGCUCAGAUAGUGCGCCGCAUCCUGCAGCAUCUAAGAGGGGCGGGGAUAAGAUUGCCGCGGGAGUGUUUACGCAGCCCUAUGCGACGCAGUAUGUGCUAGAUGCGCUUGAACAAGGGUGUGAGAGGGGGUCAUUGAAGGAGGCGGACAUUUCUAAGGACAUAUUAGAAGGGUUUCUGGGGAAGUUUGGAAGGGAAUUUUAUGAAGUUCCCCAGGAAGAGAAGGAAUUUUUUAAGUUGUCCAAGGAGAAAGGGAAAUUUUUGGACUUGUUAAAAUCGGAGAAGACGGAUGUGGUUCCAUUUAGAAAGGGCGAAGUUACCUGGGGUCUCUCUUGGGAGUGA